AUGAUCCGGGAGAUUUGGAGGUAUAACCAGGCGGAAGAGAUGGCAUUGAUCGCCGACUGUUUAUCCUCUUGUCCAUUCAUCGCGAUCGAUACGGAGUUUCCCGGCUGUCUCCGGAACACGCCCUUGACUUCUUCCGAGUGCGAACGAUACUCCGACAUGAAGUUCAACGUCGAUCGCACCAAACUCAUCCAGUUCGGAUUCACCCUCUUCGAUUCCGACUGCAGGAUCGGCGGUACCUGGGAAGUCAACUUCUCUGGCUUCAGUGAAACCGAGGAUGCGAGGAACGAGGACUCGAUCUCUUUUCUGCGGAAGAACGGUCUCGAUUUCGAACAGAUCCGAGAGGACGGUGUUUGCGUUCACGGGUUCUUCCGCGAGUUCAUUCGGAUGAUCAGAUUUCAAGAGCAGCUGUUAUGGAUCACCUUCCACGGGUCUUACGACAUGGCCUACCUCAUCAAGAUGAUGACCCGAUCGCCCCUACCCCGCACGUCAGAGGGAUUCACAGACGUCGUGGGGAAGACGCUUGGCAGAGUGUACGACAUGAAAGCCAUGGCAUCGAGGAUCAGAGGGCUCAACCAGCGGUUCGGACUGGAGAAACUGGCGGACGAACUCGGAGUGAGCCGUCAAGGAUCCGCACAUCAUGCAGGAUCGGACAGCCUAUUGACGGCCCAGGCUUUCGUUCGGAUGGCUGCGAGGUGCAAAGACCUCUGCGAGUACGAAGGAUUCAUCUAUGGGAUGGGCUCUCGGGUCGUCUCGAAACGUCUUGUCCCGCAGCCCGAGUCGAUGCCUUCACCGUACACGAGAUGCUUCGACGAUCCACCGACGAUGGCAUUCUCGCCUUACGGUGUCAAUCUUGUCGGCUUUUCGACAUUCAUGUGA